AUGGCGCUCGUGCGGAAACUGUGUUCACUGCGUUUUUGAUUUGUCUGUCAACGCAGGAAUAUUACAAUGCCGGGGAAAGACAUAUCCGCGCAUGUAAUCGUCCGAGAGAGCUAGUAAACAAACAAGAGUGUUCGAACGAUGAGAAAUAACCGCAAAUAAGACGCCGGUGGAAAUAUCAGCAGACUGUCUGUCGCGUUAGCUACAACACGACACAUGAAUAAUAUAACUCAAAAUGACUAUUUUACACCACUGAUAUACACAUUUAGAUGUAUAUAGAUCUAGAUGAACUUAUUAAGGCGUCUUACAUGUAAUUUAUUUAGAUGUAAUAGGCGUUUAUAGGCAGUGCUGAUGAUGGAGGCUCUUCGUGGAGGUGUGUAUGUGUGUUUACUGGGAUUCGUCACACUCGCACAAGCUGCUCCAGUCUCCUACACACACACAGGAGAGUCUGCUGGAGACGUGGAUGUCUCUCUGACCAUCUCGCUGCUUUUGUCUCUGGCGGUGUUAGUGGCUCUUGCCGUGUUGCUGCUUAACUGUGCGUCCUGCUGCAAAGAGCAAGUGAUCAACUUUAAGGAAUUUGAAGACCACUUUGAGGAUGAGGUUGAUUUCACCCCCCCAGCAGAGGACACCCCCUCUAAUCAGUCCCCUGCAGAGGUUUAUACACUCGCUGUUACACCCGUGCACCUCCCUGGACCCCCUCACCUCCAACUCCCCCACAUAACAGGUCUUUUAGAUGUCUCUUCGGGUCCGCAUGUGGCACGGCACUCUCUCAGUUACAUUCAAGAGAUGGGGAAUGGCUGGUUUGGGAAGGUUCUGCUCAGUGAGAUUUACGCGGACCCUGGAGUCGCCCGUGCAGUUGUGAAAGAGUUGAAGGCCAAUGCCAGUGCCAAAGAGCAGAAUGAGUUCCUGCAGCAGGGAGACCCGUACAGGGUUCUGCAGCAUCCUAAUAUACUGCAGUGUCUCGGUCAGUGUGUGGAGGCCAUACCUUUCCUGUUAGUUUUUGAGUACUGUGAACUGGGGGACCUGAAGAGUUAUUUAUCGCAACAUGAGUGGUUGUACAGGAAUGGAGAACUACUACAGCUGCAAAAAAUGGCCUGCGAGAUUGCCGCUGGGGUCACCCACAUGCACAAACACAACUUCUUGCACAGUGAUUUGGCCUUAAGGAACUGCUAUCUCACAACAGACCUGACUGUCAAAGUUGGAGACUAUGGCAUUGGCCCUGCAAAUUAUAAGGAGGAUUACAUCACCACGGAGGAUGACCAAUGUGUGGCUCUGCGCUGGCUUUCCCCUGAGCUGAUUGGUGAGCUGCAUGGAGGAGUGGUUACAUCAGAACAGACUAAACCCAGCAAUGUUUGGGCAUUAGGUGUGACAUUGUGGGAGCUGUUUGAGGGUGCAAAUAAGCCAUAUCCUCACCUGUCAGAUAGAGAAGUGCUCAACCAUGUGCUCAAAGAUCAACAAGUCAGACUUCUCAAGCCUCAGCUGGACUUGCCCUACUCAGAACGAUGGUAUGAAGUUCUGCAGUUUUGCUGGCUGCCUGCAGAUAAGAGGGCCACUUCUGAAGAAAUCCACCGCUUGCUCACUUAUCUUCGUAUGCAGGGCCAGAAAGAUGUGGAAGAUGACUUCGAGCAGCGCUGGAGCUCUCUCAAACCAAAUCCCACCACUCGCCAAGCCACCAUCAGUCACUCCUCUUUCCCCAUCCUGGAGCAGUUUGAUGAAGGACGAGAACCAGACGAGGUGCUCACGGUGACCGAAACGAGUCGCGGGCUAAGUUUUGAAUAUGUGUGGGAGGCAACCAUGCAUGACCUCAAUGACAGCCACAAUCGCUCUGCCAUGGACACUACUCUGAAUUACCACAGUAUGUUCUUUCCAGUGCCACGGCAAGACAUUCAGGCUCACUUCCCUGACACUGAGUGUCAGACAGAAGCUGGCAGAGUUCCGGGAACCUUGCCGGUUUUUGAUGCACAUAAAGCUUCUUCUGGAAAUGAGUACUUCAUUAAGUUGGAGGAGUUGGAUGAAAGUGACAUUGGGAUGGAGGAAAGUCAAGGUGCUGAGGGCACCAGUGCGUCAGAGCAGCAGCAUUACAUAGUCUUACAGGAUGUCCGAUUGGAUGAGUCCAGUACAGAUGCCGAUUUCUUUCAUCAGAGCAUUGACUCCAAAGACUCUUACCUUCAGGACAGCCACAUAUGGUCCUCAAGUGAACAUGAGAGCCCUUACCAUACAAAUAUUUUCAGUGUUGGUGAUGUAAAAUUGGAAGAUUCUCAUACAUUCAGUGGCGGUUUCAUAGAGCUCCCAGAGGUUAAUUUGCCGAAGAGGGAGUGUGAUGGGGAAUCCAAUGGUACAGAGACGAAUGACAGAUUUCAGAAGUCUUUUUUAGAGGUUGAACCUGAAGCUAUUCAUCUAGAGAUCUCUGAUCAGGAAAGUGCAGAUGUGAUGAAACUUCUUAACACUGAGAAUCUCACUGAAAACUUUUUGUUCCUCAAAGACAACAGCCUGAUUAUGGAGAAACCUGCUUCCUCUCGGCCUGACUCAAGAACUUUUCAGGAGACAAUAAGCUCCAUCAUUGACACUAAUGUCUCAGAUAGUGUAAACCUUACAGCCGAGAAUUCUAUGGAGCUUAAGGAUGAAUUUUUGGACUUAUUGAGCCCUAUUUUAGAAGAUUUUCUGUCGCCUUUGAUAGGAAAUGAAACAAUGGUGCCUUUAGAUAUAUUAAUAACAGGAGACACCUGUAGCAACCAGCUGCCAGACACAAAUGGCUCUUUGCGUUCCACAAAAGCUGGGGCUUGCUCUUGUUCCGAAUCUACCUCUGAGAGCGUUGAGGUCAUUGUUGACAGUCCAUUCGAUGGUCAUCAGUCCCUUGAAAGUGCCACUACAGAUUCUUUGUGCAUAGAUGCCAAAACCCCUAGCCUUGAAGUAUGUUUUGGGGCCUCUAAUGACAAUGGGCAGUAUCUAGGAAUCAGUGACUUAGCUGAGCUUAACUUUACUACUUCACCUGUUGGUGAUUGUACUAAAGGUGGCCUCACUGAAAGUCUAACAAGUAACAACUCAAUGAGUGAUAUCAUAAUGGAGCUGGACAAGAAGAUGGGCAAGGAUAGUCCACCAUCAGAAGUCAUUGUUCAAGAUGAAAAUUUGUUGGAUGACCAUGUAACUCAUGACAUGUCCUCACUGUUGGUGUCAGAAUCUUGUGUUGACCAAAUUAGUCAAGACAGCCUCCUGGAAGACAGCACCUCAUCCUCUCUUCCAACCACUGAGAAUUUGGCUGAAACGCCAGAUUCGUUAUAUUCUCUUGACAUGCAGAGGGACGUGGAACAUGGAGAGCCCUUAGAAACCCCUGCCAAUAAGCUUCAACCCCCCUACAAAGCUGCCGACAGUGGGUACGAAACAGAAAAUCUAGAGUCACCCGAGUGGAACUCGCAGACAAGCGUGAGGGAUUCCUCAGAAGAGGAUGGGAUAGUUCUUGCUGUGGAGCCUAUUUCUACACUGGUUCCUCCGUUAAUUAUAGUGUCUGAGGUGGAAAGUGUACCUGAUGUUCAAGUAAACGGUGAUGGGUUUGAUCACCAGCAAGAACCUGGUGAUGUUCCCUUGAGUGGAAACUACAGGGAUUCGGCUUACUUUUCAGACAAUGACGAGCUAGAUAAGAAGAGUGAAGACAUCAAUGUAAGCAGUCCGACAGAUUAUUCAUUUUGGCACCAGAGUAAUCGUGUUGUUGAAAGUGAUGCAACCGAAGCAGUUGUAGUUAAAGAGGAGCAUUUGCUGUCCGAGACAGAUAUAUCCAGAGAAUCGGCAAGUCCUACAUCUCCAGAAUCAGAUGAUGGUGAUUUACAGACUAGAGCAUCUCCUCUCCCAGAGUUGGUUCUUACUACUGAGGAGGAUAUGAGACAGGAUAGAUCAGUGUCUGUGGAUGGAUAUGAGUUUUCUGAUCUUGUGUCAGACCAAACGUAUAAUAUUGCAGCCCCAGAACAUGCAGCAACAUCCGCUACCGCUACGCAGCCCUCCACUGACAUCAUGGUCCAUGCAAAGCUAACAAGAACAUAUGCUGGUGAGGGAACGAAGAAGAAGGAGCCAGAUAUGGAGGGGAGAUAUCUAGGCAAGCUGGAUGGAUCCUCACUGGAAUACGUGCCAGAGGAUGGGAUGGAAGCUGAUGAAGAAGAUGAGAAUAGUGAUGAAUCAGAUGAGGACAUGCGUGCUUACCGAUUACACAGUUCUAGCUCUGAGUGUAGUGAGGAUGAUAUUGUGCAUCCCAUACCUGUUAUCAUUUCAGACAACAGUAAUUCCCUCAACCUCAAAAGUCUGCUGAAGCCCAAGUCCCUUCAGACUGCUAAACCAACAUCAGAAGUGGGCAGUGAUAGACGUGGGGUUUCUUUCUUUGAUGAUGUCACCUUGUACCUUUUUGACCAGGAAACCCCAACAAAGGAACUUAGGGAGCAUACACUUGACCCUAGUAGUCAAGUGUCUGAUUUUAGCAGUCCAGUGGCUUCCUCCAACUAUCUAAAUAGAUUUACCAACUCUGAAAGCUCAACAGAUGAAGAAGGUGGUGCAUUCGAGUGGGAUGAUGACUUCCCAUCUCCAGAGCCCAAUUUCCUUUCAAAGGCAACAAGUGAUCAUGCUGCAAGUAGGACAAGUGGGACUUCGGCAGCUUCAAAGUAUUUCUCCCCACCCCCUGCCAACCGCACCCUAGAGCAGAGCUGGAACACCCCCUCCAACUACUCACGCUUCUCCAUGUCCCCAGCCAACAUGUCUAGCUUCUCCAUCACCCACCUAACAGACUCUGACACUGAACAAGGGGGAAGUGGUGAAGAUGGGGAGAAAGAUUAAUCACUGUAUCAGACAUGUCUUAAUGUUGUAGAAAUGUGACGGGACUCAUGCUUUGAUUGCUUCUCAGGAAGCAUUGCUAUUUAUUUCAUGAAAUUAAGGCACAGACUAAACUGGUGGCAUCAACACCUCCCUCUUGUGACUGUGUCCUCUUUUCUGCAGAUGAUUCAGCUCAGUGUUCUGGAUUCUUUACUAUAAUUUAUGUUUUUCAUCAGUGCAAUUUCCAGAAACCUUGCAUCACAUACGCUUUAGAAACAUUCACGUGCUUCCCAAGUGUCCUGCCUCUUUUUGUUGUUGUUUGUGUAUGUACUAUUGCUCAAAUAUUUCUCUUCAGUGUCCACAUUUGACUUCCAAACGAUGAUGCUGAAAUAUGUCGUUUAAACGGAGGACUCGCGUAAACACUAAUGAGCCAGUAGGCUCAUGCUCAAGUUGUGCAAUGUGAAUCAUAUGAUACUUGCCUUUUAUUUUAACACACUGGAUUGUUUUUUAAUGUCAAAUCUGGUGUGAAGAUCUUAUUUAUAUGAUCGUGUUCUGGAUUAGAUAUCCAAUAGAAGCAACAUUCAUGUCAGUAUGCCACUCCACAGAUAUUGUUGUACAGUGUGGACGGACGAUACAUUCAUGAAAGUGCACCACUUUUUCAGCUAACCCGUAUCGUCCCAAUGAGUUGUCUUGUUUUGUAUACAGUGAUGAAGUCAGGAUAUGGGCCGUUCAAGAGUUUCGGAGAGGAAAUGCUAAACAUCUUUUUUUAGCAGUUUCUUAUCAUUGCAGACUGUUUGUGAGGCAUAUUUAUGAAGUGCAACACAUCAGGGUAUUUAUUUGACGUUUUUUCCCCUGCUUGUAUAGUGAAUGGGUCAUCGCAGUGCCUGUAACAGUCUUGCUCUUUCCACUUUAGGAAGUCCAGUGUGUUCAGCUGCCCGGGUUCCCAUUAGCAAAGCUCCUCAUUCCCUGAACUUCAGUUCAGGUGUUUGUUGGAAAGUUUUAUGAGUCAGAAAAGAGGGUGAACUUGUCAAGAACGGGCCAUAUUUCACCCCAGAAUUAAAAGAUUUUUUUUAUUUUUGCAAAAGGAAAAGUUGGCAGAACUUCCAGAAUCUAAAGCUUAUGGCUGCUUCUAGCCUCAACAUGAUAAACAAACCUAGAAAAAGAAAUAUUUUCCUGUUUUGUCCUUGUUAACUCUGAAGAGCAGCUUGUAAACACAAGGGAUAGGAACUGGUUUCAAGUUUUCCUCUUUUUCAGCGCAUGUGCCGUUCAUUGCGUCUUAAAGGUAAUUGUGAUGUGUCAUUUGAAUCAUUUAUAUUUGCCAAUCGAGCUGCUCUAAAUGCUUUUUGUUUUGGGUUGAUAAUGGCAGAGAAAACGAAUGUACAUGGACGAAAUCAAGUCAAGUUAAAAUGACAGAAUCAGCCAGAUGAACUUUUGAUAUCACUGAAUAUUUUCUUAGUUCAAUCAGGAAGAAAGUUGAUUUUGGACAACGUUCUCAAGAUUGCGAGACUGAUGUUGAUUUCUAGAGGUUAUGGCGGGAGCAAUCGGGUGCGUAGCUUCUACAUCCCUUUGUAAAUCAGUACAGUACGCUCUCUCUAUGUUUAAACCAGUGGACUAUCUGGAUUACCAGCACUCAAUUUCAUUUCAACUGGACUUUUUAUGAAAAAAAAUCUUUUGGUUAUAUUUAACCGUAUACUUUUGCUUAAUCUUGCACAUCUUUAAAUUGUAACUUAAUGUUGAACUGUACUGAUGUAUAUAAAUGUUUCGUUUUGUCUGUAAAUUGGGAAUGAUGUAAGGAGUUGGUACAAGGUUUAAUUUUGUAAUUUAAAGUGAAACUUGACAUAUCACCAGUGAGAAAUGAUUGAAGAUGAAAUUAUAAAUGGGGAAAUGCAGGUCAUCAUGUCCUUAUAACGUGUAAAUUUUAAAAAUGCUGAUAUUUUUACUUCAUAUUGAUGAUCAUGCUUUAGUGUCUGAAGGAAUGGUUUAUAAUAAAUUGCCCUGUUUAUUAUGGAAUUAAAUGAAAAUG